UGAAGUGUUAUUUUAAGAAAGCAGAAGCACCAUCAUUUGCACACUUCUGAUAGAUCAUACACCUUAACCUUGAGUUUGUGGCUCUAGUUUUUCAAAAGAAGUGAGGUCAAGAUGAAGAACCAUUUGCUUUUCUGGGGAGUCCUGGUCUUUUUUGUUAAGGCUGUUCUUGUAACAGCCCAAGAUGAAGACAAAGGUACUGUCCUUGUUGACAACAAAUGUAAAUGUGCCCAGGUUACUUCCAGAAUCAUCCCUUCUCCAGAAGAUCCUAAUCAGGACAUUGUGGAGCGAAACAUCCGAAUAAUUGUUCCUCUGGGCAACAGGGAGAAUAUCUCUGAUCCCACCUCACCAUUGAGAACUAAAUUUGUGUAUCAUUUGUCUGACCUCUGUAAAAAAUGUGAUCUUACGGAAGUGGAGCUGGAUAAUCAGAUAGUUACUGCUACCCAGAGCAAUAUCUGUGAUGAAGACAGUGCCACAGAGACCUGUUACACUUAUGAUAGAAAUAAGUGCUACACAACUAUGGUCCCACUUAUAUUUGGUGGUAAGACCAAAAUGGUGCAAACAGCUUUGACCCCGGAUUCCUGCUAUCCUGACUAGCCAUCACUGACUGUAUAGUCUUUAUCUUGAAUGGCUCUCCAUUUUAAUUCAGAAAGUUAAUGUGUAUGCUACCAGUGAAUUUGAAAUCAAGAUUUCUUUUUUUGGAUGAUGAAAAAUGAUCUUUUCCCUCCAAAUAAUUGAAAUAGUAACAUCAUUAUCUUCAUUAGGUAAUUACUUCUCAAAUAUAUGUUCAUAUUCUGCUAUCCAUCAGUUAUGCUUGCCUGAAGGGGUGGUAUGUUUCCUUAAGAAUAAAGUUUCUAACAUUUAAAAAUACAGGGAGUGGGAGAAAGUAAAACUCAAAUAAUUAAAAAAAAAAAGUAAAAAUUUGGAGGCAUAAUUAAAUGUUGCCUUUUAAAAUUUUUUGGCUUUGCCUUGGAGAGCCAGAGCUUUUGCGUUCUAUACUAUUUCCUUUUUAAAAGUUUCACUGUGUAGAGAAAAUAUAUUUGUAAACAUAAAUCAAUUAUAGGUCUUCAUUAGGAAGAUAAUAAUUGAAAAACAUGUUUGGAACCAUUUAUAAAAAUAAUUUAACUUAAAGGGAUAUAACUAAAUACAUAAUUUAAAACUAUGUUUUGACAUAACACAGAUUUGAAAGCAGAAGAUGGAUAUUUUUCUUUUUUGAUAAAAUUAUUUUUGGUCAGUUUAGUAUAAGAAAUUCCCACUGGAAAUCAUUUAUAUUGUAACUAAUGAAAUAUGUAUUCCAAAAUAUGUAUUCUCUAUCACAGUUUGAACAAUUAAAUAGAUUCCUAAGCAUA